UUGGUGUGCUAGCGAAUGGGCAGAUAGUAUAGCUCUCUACAGAAGUCACUACAAUGGCAAUUUUUCAGCUACUUUUGAGCUAUGCUGCAAAUGCACUUUUCAUUCUUUUAGUUUUACUUUUCAUAGCAUUUCUCGGUUACUGCAUGUACAUCAAAUACAUCCACAUGAAAUAUGACCACAUACCCGGACCACCCAGAGACAGUUUCUUCUUUGGACAUUCACCAACAUUUUUGAGGAUUAUGAAAAAUGGUGGUGUUGUACAUGAGAAGUUUCUUGAAUGGUCUGAGACUUACGGGCCUGUUUACAGGCUGAAUGGUCUUCACUAUGUUACUGUGUGUGUGACCUGUCCAGAGGCAACAAAGGAAAUCAUGAUGUCCCCAAAGUACCCCAAGGACAGAUUUGUCUACAACAGACUCUUUAACCUGUUUGGUGAAAGGUUUUUUGGCAACGGCCUGUUAACGGCACAGAAUCAUGAAGUGUGGUACAAACAGCGCCGGAUUAUGGACCCUGCCUUCAGCAGCUUAUAUUUAAGAGGUCUAAUGGACACCUUCAAUGAAAGAGCAGAGAAACUAAUGGAUAAGCUUGAAGAAUUUGCUGAUAAUAACAGAGAGGCCAACAUGCUGCACCUUAUCAACUGUGUUACACUUGAUGUGAUUGCGAAGGUAUCAUCUGUCUUGAACCAACAACUCCUGGAAAAUAGUUCACCUUUCCCUAAAGCCAUCGAGAUUUGUCUAAAAGGGAUGGUGUACUACGUCAGAGAUCUCAUGUUUGAGUACAAUCCAAAGAACAGACGAUUCGUUAAGGAAGUGAGAGAGGCGAGUCGCCUGCUGCGAAAAACUGGAGCUCAGGUGAUCCAGAAGAGGAAGACUGCCAUGCAGAACGGUGAAGACGUUCCAAAAGACAUCCUGACACAGAUCAUCAAAACUGCUGCCACAGAAAACAUGACAGAGGAAGAUGAGGAGUUCAUGUUGGACAACUUUGUGACAUUCUUCAUUGCUGGUCAAGAAACAACAGCUAAUAAGCUGGGGUUCUGCAUCAUGGAACUUGGACGACAUCCUGAAAUUCUGGAGAAAGUGAGGAAAGAAGUGGACGAUGUCAUUGGGAUGAAACAAGACAUCAGCUAUGAUGACCUUGGGAAACUGAUCUACCUCUCACAGGUGCUAAAGGAGACUCUGAGGAUGUACCCAACUGCUCCAGGAACAUCCCGUCAGAUUGAUGAAGACAUGGUGAUCGAUGGUGUCCACAUCCCUGGAGGAGUCAGCUGUAUGUUUGACUCCUAUGCCACUGGAAGAAUGGAAAGAUUCUUCAAGGACCCACUGAAAUUUGAUCCAGACAGAUUUCACCCAGACGCUCCCAAACCAUAUUACUGUUACUACCCGUUUGCCCUCGGUCCACGCUCAUGCCUGGGACAGAACUUUGCUCAGAUGGAGGCUAAAGUGGUGAUGGCGAAGCUGCUUCAGAGGUUCGAUUUCACCCUCGUUCCAGGACAGACUUAUGACAUCGAGGACACUGGUACACUGAGACCAAAGAGCGGAGUGGCUUGCUACAUCAAACA